GGUAUAGGUACCUAACCCAUCAAUUAAUUGGCGUUUUUGAGUACGCGUGUAAACCAUAAUAAUCAUUAAAAUAUUUGUUUAAAUAGCUGAUUACUAAGGUCGAAGUUCAUUAUUGUUCUAAAACGAAUGUUACAAAACACGUGAACCUUUUAAGGCAUUCAUUUCAGUUGCGAUAUUUCUUAUAUUGUUGAUAGGAAGGCAACAAUCUCGAAAUGUACAGAGUCGUUAAAAUCGAUGGCCCCUCACAGCUGUAAGGGUUGUCUGAGAGAUAUUAUAGCAGCCAGGAUGUCGAGGGAAAGCAAGGAAAUAGCUAUGGAUGUUAACGGGGAAAAUCAAAACGGUGCCUAUAGUCCAUCGAUGCCUUGGUUUGGUAUGGAUAUCGGUGGAUCUCUGUGCAAACUGGUUUAUUNAAAUCCCUUUAAAAAUUAAAACCCAACAUUUGAAACAUCAAUUUGAAUACUUUUCGAAAUACGUCGUGUUCUUAGUCUAGAGAAACUACUUCUUUUAACAUUCCAUCGUUUUUAAAAUCGUCUGUAAUAUUGGUUACAGAUGGAUAAAAUCGAAAUACGGGGAAUAUUGGGCACUCUACAUUUCAUUAGAUUUCCGACAAGCGAGAUGAAGAACUUUUUAGCACUGGCGAAGUACAAGGGCAUGGCGAGGCUUGUGAAUAUCGUCUGCGCUACGGGAGGGGGCGCUUACAAAUUCGAGGAGGAUUUCAGGAGAGAGGUAAAUAUGCAACUGGCGAAAUUUGAUGAGUUUGAAUCUAUGAUAACUGGUCUUCAUUACAUCGACCGAAACAACCUCACAGAAUGUUACUAUUGGGCUAACCCGACAGACGAAAGUAAAUGUGCCAAAAUGAAAUACGAUUUUUCCAGCCCGUAUCCAUUCCUGAUUGUGAACAUUGGUUCUGGUGUUAGCAUAUUGGCCGUGCAUUCCGAAACUAAUUAUCAGAGAAUUUCUGGCACUAGUAUAGGGGGAGGUACAUUCCUCGGCCUUUGCUGUCUGUUAACGGGAUGCAAUAGCUUCGAAGAAGCUAUAGAAUUGGCAGCUGAAGGCGACAAUACGAAUGUCGAUAAACUAGUUAAGGAUAUAUACGGCGGGGACUACGCCAGGUUCGGUCUUCCCGGAGAUUUAGUAGCCAGCAGCUUUGGACAGAUGAAUUCGGAAGAGAGACGCAACAAAGUCAGCAAGCAGGAUCUAGCAAGAGCGACGCUGGUCACCAUCACCAACAACAUAGGUUCCAUAGCGAGGAUGUGCGCCAAGCAGGAAAGGAUCGAUAGGGUGGUAUUCAUUGGCAAUUUUCUGAGGGUCAAUCCAAUAGCAAUGAAACUUCUCGCGUACGCCAUGGACUACUGGUCAGACGGGACGAUGAAGGCGUUGUUUUUGGAGCACGAAGGCUAUUUCGGAGCUGUAGGAUGUUUGCUUCAGUUUCACGAAGAUCUCAAGAGAUGAAAGUUGCUCCUUCACGUCUGCCUUUGAUGUUGUUUUGCCGAACAUUCCGAAAAAUGAGGGGAUAUAUUUUGCACAGUUGAAGAAAAGCACCUUUUGAAAUAUUAGUCGCAGAUUUUUGUACUAAAACGUAUUUUAGUUUGUAGUCACGUUUAUUAUUUAUUGAAAUUUAUGUUUAUAUAGUGUAACAACAUAUUUAUACAUUUUUAUACACUUAAGAAGAAUGUUGGUUUUGAUGAAAGGUUGUCUUUCUCUGUUGGAUCGAAGAAAAUGUCUUAGUAUUUAUUAAACGGUGUUGGAUAUGUUUUUUUAAUG